ACUGUCUCCGCAGUCUUCACGAGAAGCCGGUACCACGGAUCACUAUUGUAUUCCUGUAGUGGCUUUUACACACACCUGUGUUCUACAGAAGUCUUGGGCUGCCUUGAUGACAACGACAUCAACAUCACGAAGGCGCGAACUGCCGCAAGGCACUCCAGGCUCCUCGACGCAAAAGGGCCGCUUAACUGCCCGACAGCAAAUCGCCAUGCCUCGGACGCCAAAAUCCGAAGAUUGGGGCACUGGGCCGCCUAUCAAGCUCCACGGGAACCAAGAAAGCCGAGUCGACGAGUCGACGUCGAGCAGCUUCAUGAAGCUUGUCAGCCACAUCGUGGCCAACACAGUCCCUCAGUUCUUGGUUAUUGGCGUGACGCUUGGCCUAAUCUUUGGGGGCUGCUGCUCGAAUGUUUAUGCCCUGGAAGCCAUAAUUCAGGUCGAGCCAUUAAGCGGCACAUUGUUGACCUUCGUUCAAUUUCUCUUCGUGGCUGUAACCGGAUACAUCUCGCAAUUUGAUCGAUCUCGGCCGCCGUUCUUCCUUCAGCGUAACAAGGUACCCCUGCGACGUUGGGUUGUCAAUAUUGUACUGUUUUUCAGCAUCAACGUGAUGAACAAUCAUGCCUUUAGCUACGAUAUAUCCGUCCCUGUUCACAUCAUCCUCCGCUCCGGUGGCAGCAUUACCACCAUGCUCGCUGGGUGGCUGUACGGCAAGAGAUACUCAAAGACACAGGUCACAGCCGUUGUUUUGCUUACAGUUGGCGUCAUCACUGCUGCAUGGUCGGACUCUAAGGAUAAGGCUGGUAUAAACGUCGACAGAGCCGCGGAGCAGGAUGUUCUCGACAGCACAAGUUCCCGGUCGUCCAAACCUUCGUUCAGCACAGGUCUCGUCAUACUUUUCGUUGCACAGGUCCUCUCGGCCAUCAUGGGUCUUUACACUGAAGAGACAUACCGGACGUAUGGUCCGCAGUGGAAGGAGAAUUUAUUCUAUUCUCACCUCCUCUCCCUUCCAUUGUUUCUCCCGUUUAUGCCUUCUAUGGCUAAGCAGCUUGCACGACUGGCGGGGAGCCAGCCACUGUCCCUGCCAUCCUGGGCCUAUAUCGCAGCUUUCGCUUCCAGGAGUGUUAGUCAAGCUUCACGGGACGGUCUUUACAUCCCCAGCCAAUUGGCCUAUCUCCUUAUUAAUGUUCUGACGCAGUAUGCUUGCAUACGGGGCGUUAACCGGUUGGCGGCCGCGUCGUCAGCGCUAACCGUCACAAUAGUAUUAAACAUUCGAAAACUUGUCAGCCUGUUAUUGAGUAUAUGGCUCUUUGGAAAUCAGCUCGCCACAGGAACGUUGGUUGGAGCAAUCAUCGUUUUUGGGGCUGGAGGAUUAUACUCCUUAGACUCCAGGGCGAAGGGCAAAAAUUAACUUGAAGUCAAGGAUGGCUUGAAGUAGUUCCAAAAAAAAAGCCCCCUGGUGCGUGUUGUUGAUGACGUCUUCCUUGUCUUGAUGAUUACAGUUCGUGCAAGGGAGUGGUGCCAGAGGUACCUAUGUUGUCCUGGUUAGAUAUUCGUUGUUGGGCAGCCAACCACGUUGUGUUCAGAGGUCGCACUGCCAGGACAUAAAGCUCCGUCACACGAACGUCCUAAUUAUCACACAGCGUGAUGUCUGCCUGAUUCAUCAGAUUGAACCUAAAUAGAGAGAGUGGUCCUACAAUCUGUUAAUUAGUUGACUUUUUCAGACAUCCUAAUUAGCGAGGGGACUUCGUACACCUCUACCAGGCUUUUAAAGGGCCUAUCUCGGGCG